CUUUGAAGGAAUCGUACGGUUUAACGGAUAAACAUGGAAGUAUUUGGCUGAUUCUAGGAGUGAUAAGUGAAAGAGAGCAAGAAGUGUGUUAAAACUAAAAAGUGCAUUGUUUAAAUAAAACUCUCAUACUCAACAAACACUCAUUUAGGCAAUAACAAAAAGUGAGCAAGAGACGAAAAGAGAAUAAGUUUAAUAAAGGCUUUUUUGUUGUUGAUUUUAGUAAUUGAAAUAAAAAAAAAAAAACAAAAGCAAUGAGCUGAGAGUGUUUUAAAGAGCCUAAAACUAAAACAACAACGGGCCUAUACAAUCUCAAAAGAGCCACACACAAAAGGCGGGAGAGAGAGAAUACAACGAAAAUGUUAUUUUGUAAAUGUCAAGUGUAAUGUCAUCAACAUCUCAAGUUUUCAUUGUUUGUAGAUACUUAGACAUCGCCAAUAACUAUAUAGAUAUAGUGCUUCCAACUGUAAUACAAACGCGUUCGAAUAAAUUUAUCAUCAAUAAAAUUAAAACUCUCUUACAUUUACAACUACAAUCAACUAUUGAGAAAUCCUUUCGCUUACAAAAAAAAAAAAAGGAUUAAUAUGUGAAAAAUAAUCAAAAUUUGUGUAAAAUAAAUCAAAAUUAUUAAGCAAUAUUGAUAAGAAAACAAAUUUAAAAAAAAAAAAACUUCCUUUUAAUCAAAUCACAAAUAGUGCCAAAAUGAAAAUGUGUCAAAAAUUUUAAAGAAAAUUUAAACAAAAUUUUCGUUUGAGAUAGAAUUAAAUAAAAAUUCUGCCAUGUAUGCAUUUGGCUUGCGGAUUACUGCAAUAUUUUCAUAUACAUACACACAAUUUUAAAAUUAAAGUUAAAAACUAGUGCAGUGUUAUUUAAAAAAAAAAAACCUAAAAAUUAUUAAAAAUCUUAAAAUAACUAACAAGUUUCUAAAAAAAAAUACCAUAAAUUGGAAUUGAAAACCAGCUAAAUUUCCCAAAUCUAAAACAUAAAUAAAUAAAAAAAAACACCAAGGAAAAGCAAGAAAAUCAAAACAAACAUCAUGUGGAUUAGUUGCCAUGCUGUUAUAAUUUUGCUCCUUUUGCAUUCCGAUACUUUGUUGGCGGAAGUCUAUGAGGCACAUUUACGCGGUCCGGGUUUUGUUAUGGAACCGCCGGGUCGUGUUGAAUUUUCAAAUUCCUCUGGCGGCUGGCUGGAUUGUUCAGCUUCGGGCAGUCCUCAGCCGACCAUUGACUGGGUGCAUGCAGACGGCACGGCUGUAACGGAAAUUCAUGGUGUUCGUCGUGUGCUACGCAAUGGUACUUUGGUACUUUUGCCAUUUCCUGCAGCUGCAUAUCAUCAAGAUGUACAUAACACAAUCUAUCGUUGUGUUGCCAGCAAUGGUGUUGGCCGCAUUGUAUCACGAGAUGUGCAAGUCAGAGCUGUCGUUGCACAAGCUUAUAAAGUUGAUGUAGAAGUUUUAUCUGCAUCUCGUGGUUGCACAGCCAUUUUACGUUGUGUAGUGCCAACGUUUGUUAAGGAAUUGGUUCGAGUGGUCUCAUGGGUUCAUGAACCUGCUAUCUACAUAUAUCCAUCACUACAAGGCGAUGGUAAAUUUCAUUUAUUACCCACCGGUGAAUUACUUAUUCAUAAUCUACAAGAAAGUGAUGAAUCCCAAUCGUUUCGGUGUCGAAGUAUGCAUCGAUUAACACGUCAAGUUGUUGUUAGUUCACCCACAAGACUGAGAAUAAAUUCUCAUCGUGGUAUUAUUUCACCUAGUGUUGUUGAGCAUACAGCACAUGUACAAGUAUCACAAGAUGAGGGUGCUGUUUUACUAUGUGUGGCCCAGGGUUGUCCAUCUCCUGAAUAUAGCUGGUACACCCACAAUGGCCCUGGUCCUCUGCCUGUUCUAAGUGGUCCUCGCAUACGUUUACUGGGACCCAUAUUGGCCAUCGAGGCUGUGACCGGUGAAGAUUCCGGUGUCUAUAAAUGUACAGCAAGUAAUGUGGGUGGUGAGGCAAGUGCUGAGCUACGUCUUUCGGUGGCCACACCCAUACAAGUAGAAGUACAACCAAAUGUUCUUAGUGUCCAUAUGGGUGGCACCGCCGAGUUUCGUUGCAUGGUCACCAGUAAUGGCAGUCCGGUGGGUAUGCAAAAUAUAUUGUGGUACAAGGAUGGACGUCAAUUGCCAUCAUCUGGUCGGAUAGAAGACACUUUAAUUGUGCCACGAGUUAGUCGUGAGAAUCGUGGUAUGUAUCAGUGUGUCGUGCGACGACCAGAGGGAGAUACAUUUCAAGCAACAGCAGAAUUGCAAUUAGGAGAUGCCCCACCAGUUCUGCUUUAUAGUUUUAUUGAACAAACUUUACAGCCUGGUCCUGCUGUAAGUUUAAAAUGUUCAGCAGCCGGAAAUCCAACACCACAAAUUUCAUGGACACUGGACGGAUUUCCACUACCAUCAAACGGAAGAUUUAUGAUGGGACAGUAUAUCACCGUUCACGGUGAUGUAAUCAGUCAUGUUAAUAUCACACAUGUUAUGGUAGAGGAUGGGGGCGAGUAUGCAUGUAUUGCUGAAAAUCGAGCUGGGAGAGUGCAACAUGCAGCACGUUUAAAUAUUUAUGGUCUUCCUUAUAUACGCAUAAUUCCUAAAGUAACAGCAGUCUCAGGUGAAACUUUAAAUUUAAAAUGUCCCGUAGCCGGUUAUCCCAUCGAAGAAAUUCACUGGGAACGUGGUGGUCGCGAAUUGCCCGAUGAUAUCCGCCAGAGAGUACAGCCAGAUGGUUCCUUAACUAUAACACCGGUGCAGAAGAGUACUGAUUCGGGAGUGUAUACUUGCUGGGCUCGCAAUAAACAGGGCCAUAGUGCUCGCAGGAGUGGCGAAGUGACAGUUAUUGUACCACCAAAAUUAAGUCCCUUCCAAUCGUCACAAUUACAAUUGAAUAUGGGUGAUCGCGCUUCUCUCACCUGUUCCGUGGUCAAGGGUGAUCUGCCUUUGACUAUUACUUGGCGCAAGGACAAUCGCGCUAUUGAGACCUCUCAACAUCAUAUGUCCGUUAAACAGGUCGAUCAAUACAAUAGUAUUUUGGUUAUUGAAAAUUUAGGAUCGAUCAUACGGGCAAACUAUUCGUGUGUGGUACGCAAUUCAGCAGCUGAAGUGGAAAAUUCACAAUCUUUAUUGGUUAAUGUGCCACCACGUUGGAUUGUGGAACCCAGCGAUGCCAGUGUUGAACGCAAUCGUCACAUUAUGUUACACUGUCAGGCACAAGGUGUCCCCACGCCCAGUAUUGUUUGGAAAAAGGCGACUGGCAGCAAAUCAGGUGAAUAUGAAGAGGUGCGUGAAAGACCAUUUACAAAAUUACUAUCGAAUGGUUCGCUGCUGUUACAGCAUGUCAAAGAGGAUCGUGAAGGUUUUUAUUUGUGUCAAGCCAACAAUGGCAUUGGUACUGGUAUCGGUAAAGUGAUUCAACUGAAAGUUAAUUCAUCGCCCUAUUUCCAAUCGACAUCACGUUCGGUGAGUAAAAAAGGUGAUACAGCGAUAUUGCAAUGCACUGUAAGCGGUGACAAACCGAUUAAUAUCGUAUGGAUGCGUUCGGGCAAAAAUACAUUAAAUCCAUCGACAAAUUACAAAAUUUCAGUCAAGCAAGAAGCAACACCCGAUGGUGUAUCAGCAGAGUUACAAAUACGUUUAGUUGAUUCCACAGAUAGUGGUCCAUAUUUUUGUCGUGCCAGCAAUUUGUAUGGCAAUGAUCAGCAAUUGGUGCAGUUGCAAGUACAAGAGCCCCCGCAGCCGCCGUCUGUGUUAGAAGCAGCAAUGAUAUCAAGUCGUUCGGUGAAUUUAAAGUGGCAGCCAAAAACUCAAAAUUCAGGAGAUGUAUCUAAGUAUAUAGUGGAGUACAAGGAAAUGGAUGCUACUUCCUUUAUAGACCAAUGGCAGCACAUGGAGGUUAAGGAUCCUCCCAGUUAUAAUGCUCUUAUAGAGAACCUUAAACCCGCUACACGUUAUGCAUUUCGUGUUAUAGCUGAGGGAACAGCGGGACGUAGUGCUCCUAGUCAGGAAUUGGUUAUACGUACAGAACCUCAGCGACCUGCCGGUCCACCUUUAAAUCUCUCCGUACGUCCUUUGUCUUCCACGGAACUGUUAGUUAGUUGGGUGGCACCGCUGGCCGAACUAAGACAUGGUGAUAUUCAGGGCUACAAUGUGGGCUAUAAAUUGGCUAGUACUGGUAAUACGGCCUAUAAUUUUACAUCAGUGUCGGGUGAUGGCGAAGGUGGCAGUGGUGAAUUGUUGUUAACGGGCCUGCAACGAUUCGCUCGUUAUAAUGUAGUGGUGCAGGCUUUUAAUCAAGUUGGUCCGGGACCUCUGUCAGAGCCUGCUUCUGCACAAACUAUGGAGGAUGUUCCUAGUAGAUCUCCUGAAGAUAUACGUUGCGCUGCUUUAACCUCACAGUCUUUACAAGUUUCUUGGCAGCCUCCACCUAUUCACCAUACAAAUGGCAUUUUACAAGGCUACAAGUUAAUUUUUGAACCUAUUCUUGAUGAUUAUUCACCCAACAAAGAUGAAGUAGAAUCACGUAAAACAACUGCCUUGACCACAGUCCUCACAGGCCUACGAAAAUAUGCCAACUAUAGUAUACAAGUAUUAGCCCAUACCCGCAUGGGCGAUGGUGUUCUUUCAAAUCCCGUUUACUGCCAUACCGAAGAAGACGCACCAGAAGCACCCGCCGAUAUAAAAGUGGUAGUAAGUUCACCACAAUCUUUAUAUGUUUCUUGGCUACCACCCACCGAACCAAAUGGAGUCAUUACCAAAUACAAUCUAUACACUAGAGUGGUUAAUGGUCGUGAAGAGUUGAAUAAUGAAAAGAGAAGUUUGCCUUCGCAACAGGCGUAUUAUGAGGCCAAGAAUUUACAUCCUCACAUAGAAUAUCAAUAUUGGGUAACCGCCUCCACACGAGUGGGAGAGGGUAAAAGUUCCAGGGUAGCUUCUCAAAUAACGACUAAUCGUGUACCAGCGCGUAUAGUUUCAUUUGGUGGACCCACCGUAAGACCUUGGCGUUCAACAGUAACAUUAUCUUGCACGGCAGUUGGCAAACCAAAACGUGAAUGGUUUAAAGCUGAUGUCCCCAUUAGACAAGGAGGUCUCCACAAUACCCAACUACUAGAUUCAGGAGAUUUAAUUAUUUCCAGUCUUCAGGUCUCCGAUAGCGGCAACUACAGUUGUCAAGUGGACAAUGGUAUUGGCACCGAUCGCCUUACACAUAUUCUCCUCGUACAAGUGCCUCCUUCUGCACCUGUUCUUUAUGUGACCAGUGCCACUACAAGCAGCAUUUUAAUGCACUGGAAAUGUGGCUUCACCGGCAAUGCGCCAAUAACAGGCUACACUUUAUACUAUCGACGCGCGAGUGGUAAUAUUGAGGAAAUGCUUUUAUCACGUCAUGCUUCUAGUCAUGAACUAAAAGGUUUAGUUUGUGGCAGUACCUAUCAAAUACAUUUAACAGCUCAUAAUAAAGUCGGUACAUCACCGACCAGCAUAACACUGCAUGUUAGAACUCAGGGACAAUCGCCUGGUGUGCCUUCGACUACAACAUUAAUUGCUCCUAAUUCGACUUCGGUAACGAUAAGACUGCACACGUGGCCAGAUAAUGGCUGUCCUAUGUUAUAUUUUGUUUUACAAUAUCGAUCGGUUACCGAUGGACCAGAACAUGAUUGGGUGUUGGUGUCAAAUGCCCUUAAACCACAACGACGUUUUACAAUAUCUGGUCUACAGCCAUCCACACUCUAUCAAUUGCGCAUGGAGGCACACAAUGUGGCUGGUGUGUCACAGGCUGAAUUUACUUUUGUAACACUCACCAAAGAGGGUGAUCCCCCGCCGCCAGAGAUUGUUCAACGCGGACAGCGUGGAUCGAAUGUAUUUUAUGGAAAUGUUAACCUAUUAAUACCCAGCAUUGCCACCGUAUCGGGAAUGAUUUGUACAAUUGCAUUGGUUUUUAUGUGCUACAGACACAAACAAGCUGGACGCAUACAAAAGGAAUCUUUGGAAAAUCGUCAAAAUUCAGAAGCGGCACAACGUGAACGUUACUAUGCCACCAUUCACAAAGUUUCAUUACAAAAUAAUGAUAAAAUACCAGAAACCUCAGAGGAUAUUUCACCAUAUGCUACGUUUCAACUAUCAGAAAGUGGAAAUAUGUCUCAACCACAUCAUGCUGGUCCAGCCAAUACACUGCUGCAUUCAUUUAUGUAUCAUGAACGUGCUUUAACGGAGGGUUGCUCAUCGACACCACCUGCUGCGUCUUCUAAAAAUCGACGUCGUCAUUCCCGCAAAACCGAGCCAGAAAGUGAAGAAUCAGAAUCGGAUCAGGAUCAAUUGACUUCAAGUCGUACAGAGUCAUCCAAUCAACACGAAGGGAAAAUGAAGCACAGUAUCAUCUACCAUGGAGCACAAUCAAGCACAUCCUCUGAUCUAUCACCAAUGUCCGAACAAAAAUCAUUGCCACGUCGCGGUCGUUCAAGGUAUCAUCAUCAAUUAUAUCAGUUUUCCACCAACACAACACCGCGACAUCAUAACAAUAGCAAAAACUCGUCUAGUAAUAAUUCCAAUUCGAAUAAGAUACUUUCGCCACGCAGUGGUGUCGGUAAUUUAAAAUCCAUAUCGAGUACAUUUAAAUCACAAGAUUCCAUACAAUGUCACAUACCCACAUUGGUUAAGUCACCUUCCAUAACACAACAACAGCAACAACACCAAUUGCAGCAACACCAACAAAAACUCCACAACCAACAACAACAAUCAAACAUUAAUACAUCCAGUAGUUUUACCAGUAGCAAUAGUAGUAAAUUAUCACAACAACCCCUACUUGUUACACCCAAAAUUGCACCACACCCACAUUCCCAGCAGCACAAUACCGCAAACCUUAAUAAUGACCACCACUCAUCCGAACUGUUAGAUAGUAGUAGUUGUACUAACUCCUCCCUUGCAUCUGUAGCCCCCUCCCUGGCAUGCAUGCAGCCAUCAUCACAAUUUCGUCCCAUAGCUCAUAAGGCCGAUGAAGGUCUAUCGGGUGGUACUCUAUUGAAUCCAUCCACAGCACCUCUAUCGUCAAAAUUCUUUACGGCACCAACACUGCCCAAAUAGGAUACGGCCCUUGGGGGCAGUGUGGAUGGAAGUCUGGUCGAUAGCGAUGGCAUAGUCAAUAGUUUUGGCUAUAAUAUCGGCGAGAUUUCAUGUACCUACAUGAACCCCAUCGAUCAGAAAUUCGAUUAUGAAUCAUAGGAUUAGGAGUGUGAGACCACAGUAGGUAGAGUGUAAGAUAUUAGAAAGAAAGUUUUUACGCAGAACUUUUUUUUUUUUUUUGAAAAACAUAAAUGUAGUUUUUUGUAAAUAAGGUUCAGAAGAUGUUUUUCUGAGAAUGUUUUUUUUUAAUUGUUAUGUAAAUAUGUAUGUAUAUUUUGUAACAUGUAAAUUAUGUAAAAAAUUAUGUCCAUUAUUGGAAUAGAAUACAUUUUAUGGAGCUCGAGAAAUUCUUUAUUUUUAAUCAAUAGUGCGUCGAUCAUAAACUAUUUGUUAGAGUCCUUUGGAACUUAUUUAAUUAUGAUGAUGUCGGAGUAUCG